AUGCUUGGAUGCAUAAGAUACACUCAUCAAAAAGGCAAUGUAACUCUUAGUUCUAGUUUCACCGAUGUGUUCGGAGAUGAAAUACCCGAUUCGCAACCUAUAUCGUUGCCAUCAAGUGCUGAUACUGAAGAACAACCAAGACAGGAUUUAGAUGAAAAAGCAAGUUAUAUUCAUCCCACUAAGGGAACAGGACAGAUUGGAAGCUUUCGUAGUGCACACGAAAUAGUGGCUCCAGUAAAAGCUCUUUGUACAGAAAGAAUAACGGAGUGGCAUUCAAAGUUCAACAAGUUAGGGUUAUUAUGCAUAGAAGUUACUGGCGACACUGAUGUUGACUUCGAUCAACUACAGCCCUAUAAAAGAUGGAGGGAUCAUAGAGGCUUAGUGGAAAUGGUGAAACUAUUUCUUAUUGAUGAGGUGCAUAUAUUGAAUGACAAGAUUCGAGGGCCUGUACUUGAAUCUGUUGUCAGUAGAAUGAAGGCUAUCGAGAUAUUUUGCAACACCAGGAAGAGCGUCCUACUGACAGCUGAGACUCUGUCUCGUGAGAUCACGAUUACCUUCAACCCCGAGCAGAAAGCAAAGCUCACAGCACUCGCGUCCACAAUUAAGAACAAGAAAUUACAGGCGUUGGUACUAGCAGGAGUGGGUUGCCAUCACGCUGGUAUGCUCUACGAAGAGAGAUUCAACAUUGAACAUGCUUUUAGGAACAGAGAUCUGCCAAUACUUAUCACUACCACAACGCUAGCCAUGGGCGUCAACCUACCAGCACAUCUGGUGAUCGUCAAAAAUACUCAACAGUACGUGAAUGGAGCAUACCAGGAAUAUAGCAUUAGCACAGUGCUGCAAAUGUUGGGUCGCGCUGGUAGACCGCAGUUUGAUACUGAAGCUACUGCUGUUAUAAUGACGAGACAGCGAGACAAGGCGUAA